AUGCUCUCACGCGUUGCUGCAGUGAAGGUACCCCGCACACACAACCGUCGCCGCAUGACCGGAUCCAGCGGAAGAAGGAGGGAAGGAAGCGAGAGUGAGCCGCGGAGGCCCCACAUGUUCCGGCGUGUGUUUAAUUCCGCGGUGCUGCUUCUCCUUGUCGUUAUGAUGUGCUCCGUCUGUGGAGCUUCGAACGCUGUGACGAGUAAUUCGGGGAAUGCGCAAUUGCCGCAGGGAGUCGAUCUAUUUUUGCCGCAGAUGACGCCGGUGCAGCCGAAGGAUGGGAUUGUUCCAGUUACGACGAGGCAUUCAUUUAUUUCACCCUCUCUCGUCAGUGCUGGUGGAGUGAUUGCUGCUUUUGCCGAAGGUCAAGUGUAUACCAUUGAUGCUGGCAGACAAAAAGAGAAAAAUUCUUCUGAUAUUGUGGUAGGGUACAUCGACGCUACGUGGGAUUGGUCCACUCUUGUUGGCAAGGUGAAUGAAAUUACAUGGAAGGCAAACACCGUGCUUGGUACAAUGGAUGGAGCGGAUAAUCGUGUGGACUUUUUUUACCACCCCACAACCACCACGAAGGGCAAUAAGGUGUUUCUUCUUGCGGGAAGCGAUUAUGAGCACAAACAAACUGUUGGAAAUCAGACAUAUAGCGGAUUCAAAACACAACUAGAGCUGGUUGUGGGUGAUGUGAGUGAUCCUACGAGCAGCGAUCCGACUGAAAGUAUCAAAUGGGGCGAAAUUAAGUCUCCGUUAAACGAGAGUACUAUAGCUGCUCACAAAGGUAACUUGACAGGGCUUCUUGCCGCUGGUGGCUCAGGUGUUCUGAUGGAGGAUGGCAUGCUUGUGUUUCCUGUGAUGGCGAAGAGCGGAAAAGGUGACUUUUACUCCAUGAUUAUUUACUCGAAGGACAACGGCAGUACCUGGGCGCUCUCUGAGGACAUUUCCCCUGUGAACUGCACUGACCCCCGCGUCACCGAAUGGAAGGGAUCACUUCUCAUGAUUGUUAAUUUCAAGUAUGGCCAGAGUGUGUACGAGUCGCGUGACAUGGGGACAACGUGGACGGCGGCAGCCGGGACGCUUCCAGGCGUGUGGGUCAACGCACGAUCAGGAGGCUCUUGGGACGAAAGCUUGCGUGUGGAAGCCCUUAUCACCGCGACCAUUGGGGGAAGGAAGGUCAUGCUGUACACGCAGAGAGGGGACUUCUCGGGGGAGAAAAGUGAAAGAGCGCUCUACCUUUGGGUCACGGACAAUAACCGCUCGUUUUAUUUUGGACCGGUUGGCAUGGACACUACUGUGAAGGAGGAGUUCGCCAGCAGCCUGCUGUACUCGGAUGGCAAGUUGCAUCUUUUACAACAGAGGGACAAUGGUGAAAACAGUGUCAUGUCGCUUUCCUGCCUGACGGACGAAGUGAGUACAAUCAACUUCGUCCUGAAGACCUGGGCGAAGAAGGACGCCUUCUUCUCCAGCUUGUCUAUACCCACGGCGGGUCUGGUGGCAGUUUUGUCCGAUGCGGCCAGCGAUGACACGUGGAUCGACGAGUACCUUUGCCUGAAUGCGACGGUGACGCCUAAUGCGAAGAAGGUCGAGGAUGGGUUUCAGUUGACGGAGCCUGACUCCAGGGUAAUAUGGUCUGUGAACACUCCGGAUGAUAAUGUGCGUCAUGUAUCCUUGAGCCACAACUUCACACUUGUAGCGACGGUGACCAUCGAAGAGGCUCCGAGUGGGAACACCCCUCUACUGACUGCGACGUUGGCGGACAAUAAUUCCAACCAUACCAUGGGACUGUCGUAUACCGCGAAUAAGACGUGGGAGACGGGGCUCAAAGGCGAGACAAAACCAACAACGGAAAGCAGGCCUUGGGAGCCGAAGAAAGAACAUCAAGUGGCACUUAUGCUGCAAGGCAACAAGGCCUCUGUGUACAUUGAUGGCGAGUUGCUGGGGGAGGAAGAGGCGCCGUUAACAGGUGAGGCGCCACUUGAGCUUGUACGCUUUUGCUUUGGCGCGUAUGAUCAGAAGGAGGGACACGAACAAGAUUCCCAUGUGACGGUGAAGAACGUCUUUCUGUACAACCGCCCACUGAAUUUCACUGAGAUGGCUGCAAUCAAGGACAGGAGGCAUAUCCCUCGGAUUGAGGGUGUGCGAGCCAAUGCGCCUGCUGGGAGCGGACUGCUGCCGCUUCUUCUUCUGAUUGGGCUGUGGGUAUUUGCAGCUGCGUGA